AUGUCGCUUACGCCCUCCAAUUCCCGGAUGAGCCCAGCGGUUGGGUCUGGCAUCAAGCUGACUGCUUCUCCCUCUCCCUUCUACAAGGCCACCCCGCGCGCCUCGCCCGUCAAGCAAGCGCGCGCCGAAGUCAACCUCUCGCUGCGCCAAGUCAUCGGAACCACGACCAAUUCGCCCAAUGCCUUUGACAGUCUGCCCUCAGGUUCCACCUUUGGCUAUGCUGCUGGCGCUGCAGCUGUCAUUGCUGCCAUAGAUGAUAACGGUCAUGUCACCCAGCGUUUCUAUCGCGCACGGCCUGCUACCAAUCCCAUCAACCCCUCGGCAUCAAUCUACGGCGGCCCAUCAACACCCACUCAGAAUGAGAGCCGCAACCGUACAGCUGUUUCUCUGCGCGACGCCAGUUUUGGCGCUUCGUCAGCCUCGUCACCUAGUAGUCAGGACUGGGCCGACUCUCCCAAUAACAAAGCCUGGACCACAAGGGACAAGAUAAAGGCAGCAACCUGCGUUAGCUUUAGCCCCGACGGCAAAUACUUUGCUACGGGCUACAAACCUCGCGUCCUUAUCUUCUCCGCCUCUCCCGAUGUCCCCUGCGAUACCCCUCUCUCAUCACUUACAGACCACACCUUUGGCGUAAACUGCGUAGCAUUCAGCCCCGAUUCCCGCUUCCUUGCAAGUCUAGGCUCAGCCAACGAUGGCUUCCUCUACAUCUGGCACAUCAACUCGCGCUCCGGAGCUGCCACGCUCCAUGCUAGCAACAAGUGUGUCAGUCGAAUCAACCGGAUGGCCUGGAUGGGAAGCAAGCUGAUUACCGUUGGUGUCCGCCACGUCAAAGUAUGGAAGGUUGACGAUAUCAAUACCACGCUGCGCAUUACCAGAGGCCGCCAGAGCGAUGCUUCGUUUCUUUCCAGUUCCAUACACAAGACACUACCAGGGAGAAAUUGCAUUCUUGACAGCCUCAAAGAAUCAACAUUUACCAGUGUCGUUGCCAUAGCCCGAAACAAGGCUAUUGUGGCUUCCGACAAGGGAGAUAUUUGUCUGAUUGACGAUUCGGAAUCAGACCAACGCUUCCGCAAGCUGGCAGAUGCUGGAUUCGCCGUAAGCUCAUUAGCGGCAGACGUCAAAGGCCGACUCCACGUUGUCGGUAGCCAAGGAACACUGAAAACCUUCAACAUUAGUGAGAUUACAGGGAUAAGGACUCCUCCACCAUCUCCUCCGCCGCGGGUUCAGUCUCCUACCGUCCCAGUUACCGAUUGCGAACAAAUUGGCGUCAUUGCUUGCUUGAAAGACUACGUUGUCACUGUUGAUUCCCAACGAGCGAUUCGACUGUCGCAGUUGUGCUCUGAUGAUGACGAUGCGGUUGUUGGUAAGGUGGUUCGCACAUUGCCAGCACAUGGCAAAGCAGUACUUGGCGUACACGCAGGGCUCGCUCAACCCAAUGUUUUCGAUGCAUCCUAUUACACAUGGGCUGCUGAUGGGACAGUCAUCUUCUGGAGUCAGGGCGCGUGUAAAGACUCUCUCCAAGUCUACCUCGAACAGCUAGACGACCCUGAGGCGGUUCCCAAUGAGUUAAGGACUGUACGCGUCACCGCCGACGGUACACAUCUGAUAGCAGGAGACAAAUUCGGCGUAUUGAGAUUCAUCAACUGUGAAACGAAGACUUGCAUGCUGGAAUUCAAAGCACAUGCAAGCGAAAUCACCAGUAUCGCCAUACACGAAGAAGAGCAAGAGAUAUUUGUCGCUUCCGCCAGUCGAGACCGGACCGUGCAAGUCUUUACGCGAACUGGAGAAACUUGGGAGCUGCUACAAACACUGGACGAGCAUGUCGGAUCAGUGAAUGGAGUCACAUUUUCACGCGAUGGCACACGCCUGGUGUCGUCCUCAAGCGAUCGAAGUCUGGUGGUUCGCGAACGAUUGUCGCUCGAAGAUGCCAACGGAAUCAAUCGCGCCUUCGUGAUGUCACGGGCCAUUAUUGUAAAAGCUACACCCGUGUCUACGGCAUGGGAUGUCGAUCUGGACGAUACCCUUCUGGUUUCGACAAUCGAUCGUCAAGUGCACAAAUUCGACAUCCGUACAGGUCAAUGCCUCAGCAACUUCCGUGCGUGUGAUACAGAUGGAGGAGAUGCCGUUGUUUUGUCGUCUUUGGUCCACAUAUCUCGCGGUUGGGGCGCUCCAUUGAUCGCUGGCGUAUCGAGCACAGACAAGUCGAUACGUGUGUAUGAUGACAACGGUUUGCUAGUUGCUCGUGACUGGGGCCAUACCGAGGGUGUUUCCAAUAUUGCGCUCGUGAAUACGCCUCAAAAUUUAGCAGACGAGUCAAGCGAAAAGUCGCUAGUUACUGUCGCAGUAGACGGGACUAUAUUUGUGUGGGAUCUUGGCAUCCAAACACCAAGUCGCCCCGAUCCUCCAAAGGCUCCUGACCUACUUGUUCCAAACACGCCAUCAAAAGAGGAUCUGUUAUCCAACAGGCCACCUCUACGGCGCGUACUGUCGCAGUCAGAAUUGGCGCGUUAUCAGCGCUCAAAUCAGGAAGGAGACUCGACACCGAGUGGAAGCAGGUCACCGAAACUGAGAAAAAAGCUCUCAAAAAUCUCCUUGGGCUCCACUCCCAAGCUAGAGCCUUCUCCUAUCUCAAGCAGCGCGCGGGACGGGCAAACAACCUGUCAAGAGAAGGGCACAGGGCGGCGAAACAAGAAUCGUUCGCCAUCCCCUCCAAGUCCCAGGAACACACAACGACCCAAGCGCCGCGGAUCACCAGACGCUAGGAACCGUAACAAAGCAACUGCCCGCGAAUUCGGAACUAUUGAUGGAUCGACAGAGAGCUUGUGCAGAACACUCCGGGCCUAUAGAAAGCGCCUUGCAAAUUCUACUGAUACCAUGAGCCCUGAGCUCGCGAAAGAGGUUGAGAGAGAGCUUGCCGUGACUGCAAGAGCAAUUGGUGAUCGAGUCAAAACCAAGGCUUUUGAAGAAACGGUCAUGAUCAAGCUGCUAGACCAGUACUCUGAGCGGCUGGUCAACAUGCUGGACGAAAAGAUUGCAGCCAGCGUGGCCCAACGCGUGCGUGAAAGCAGCGUGGGCAAUUUUUCAGACGGACCCGAUUCCCCUCGCGUUGCUCACCGUCCUUCUGCAAGUAGAACCGACAGUGAGGAUAUGAGGAGCUUUCGUGAGGAAUUUGAUUCUGGCCCCGAGGGCCAGAAUAGCAGGAAGAAGUAG